UGUCUUGCUUGUCAACUCACCACAGAAGAUUUGAGCCGUGUAACCAUCUUUAAGAGUCAGAUGGCUGAAACAAACUUGAAUUCUGGGAAGGAAGCAGUAUCUGGUUCUCAAGCCAACAGUGUGCGCGCUGCUUGUACCUUCACAUCUGAAGAGAAAGAUGGAACGGUUCCAACCACCUCUCUACGAUCUGAUGCGGAGCAAAAGCCUCCGCCUCCUGACAAACGGAGUCGAGGUGAUCACAACAAGGUAUCGGCAAAUGGAAAACGUCGACUUUCCACUCUGUUACUGUAA